AUGAUCACGAGGUUCAUCACCGAGGUGAACGCCAAGUUCAACCCCUUCUCUGUGGCCUCGAGAUCCACCCGCUUAUUCCUCUCCUCGUUGCCGUCGGAUGCACGAAGCACCGGCAUGAAGAUCAACGCGAAGCUCCUGCCGCAGACAUCGAAAGAGACGGCCUCGCUGAUGGUUAAGUUCAAGGAUGGCAAGGAGAUGGAUUUGAACGGCGAGCAAUUGGGCAUCAAGGGCAUCAUCGAGGAGGUCGACCGCCAUUCUCGUGCACUACAAAAACAAGCAGACCUGACGGACGGUUAA